CUGGUCCCGCGCGCGCUGGGUGUUAGAGCUCUUGUCCGGCUCUUGUCGCAGGCCGCGGCGGUGCUGAGUGACCUCGCUGACAACGCCGACAACCAGGUGGCGAUCGAUGCUGCGCAUCGCUCUCGCCCUAGCGGCCCUGCCUCACGCCUCCGCCUUUGCGCUCCCGGCUCACACGCACUCGAGCAGCCCGGUCGUGUUGGCGCCGGCGGCUCGUUCUUGUGUCGUCCGCGUCGGCCGUGCCCUCAUGGGGCGCGCCGAGAAGCGGAUGGCCAAGAAGCGUUCGCGGAAGGGCCCGCAAUACCAGGGCGGGCGGCCGCUGCGCGCGCCGAGCGGAGCGAAAAGCAACGACGUGGUGCCGCGCAGCGUGGUGCUCGGGCGGCUGAAGGAGGUGCCUGUCUUUGGGCUGAUGAGCGCCGCGGGAGGACUCGUGCAGCAGGACGGCGAGGUGACGUACUACCUCUCGCCGCGCGAGGCGGAGAAAGCGCGCGCAGCCGUGGCGGGCGGCGCGAGGCUCGUCGCAAAGACGCUCGACGAGGUCUACUUCGACCAGACCGCUCGUCUGAAGCCCGCCGACUCUGCUCUGCGCGAGGCAAAGACCAUCCCGCAGGAGCGCGCCCUCGUGCAGCGCUGCAGCACGCCUCUCUUUUGCAUCGACGGGAUGCAGACCACCGCCACCGAGUCGGGGGCCACGUCGCUGCCCAUCUUUUUCUCAAAGGCGGAGCUGCUCGACUUUGCGACGCCCGUGUACGGCGCCAGGGCCGAGGACCAGGUCCUGCUGACCGACCUGCCUGUGGUCGUGUCCAACGUGGUCCAGGGGCCGGCGGGGCUGCUGCGCGACGCGAGGUUCUUCCCCGAGGCGAAGGCGGUGGAGGAGGCGGCGAGGCAGGGAGCGAGCGAGCGGCAGGACCUGUUUGGGACGGCGGGGACGCUGGAGGCGGAGAGGGAAAGGGAGGGCCGGUUCGGUGGCAUGAAGCUGCCAUGGAUGUAAUGACACCUAAAACAUUUAAUGCUCUUGCGAUUA